UCGAAUGAGAAGAGUCCUUUCAUUGUGAGGAUUGAGGGUCGCUUUAAACCGUGUCGGCUCUUGAUUAGACUCACCACAGAAACAAAAAUGCGGCUAAGAUGGCUCUUAGUUCCACUCCUUUGUCCAGGAUGGAGUUUAAUGAUCAUGAUGGCGGAAGCAAUAGAGCCAAUCUCGACCAGCCUGGCUGUUGGAAUUGCAGCUGCUAUAACCGGGUUUUUAGCUCGUUAUCCGAAUAUGCUGUGCUAUUUGCAGGAGUGUUGCAGACCAGAGUGGAUCUCCUACAAUAAAACAGGUCUUAAAGUGGAUCUGGAGAGCAAACUGUUUGGCCAGCAUGUGGCAUCUCAUGUCCUCCUCAAAGCUGUGACUGGCUUCAUGAACAACGAGAACCCAAAGAAGCCCCUCGUCCUCUCGCUGCAUGGCUGGACCGGCACAGGCAAAAACUUUGUCAGUCAGCUGAUUGCCAAAAACAUUUACCAGCGUGGUAUGACGAGCGGGUUUGUGCACUUGUUCACUGCCACGGCACACUUCCCACAUGAAGUGGAGCUGGAAUUGUACAAGUCCCAACUGCAGCAGUGGAUAAAGGGCAAUGUGAGCGCCUGCCCUCGCUCCAUGUUCAUAUUCGACGAGAUGGAUAAGAUGCACCCGGGCCUGAUCGACAGCAUCAAACCCUACUUAGAUUUUUACGAAACUCUAGAUGGAGUCUCCUACCGCAAGGCCAUCUUCAUCUUUCUAAGUAACGCCGGAGGUGAAAACAUCGUGCAGGUGGCACUGGAUUUUUGGAAAACAGGAAGGGACCGAGAAGAGAUCGAGCUGAAACAUUUGGAGACAGCCCUGUCCCUGUCUGUUUUUAACAACAAGAACAGUGGUUUUUGGCACACUAGCCUAAUAGACAAGAACAUGGUGGACUUCUUUGUGCCUUUUCUCCCCCUGGAGUACAAACAUGUGGUGCAGUGUGGGCGAGCCGAGAUGAUAAGCAAGGGCAUGGAACCCAAUGAUGAGGCUGUGGAGCAAAUGGCACAUGACAUGAACUAUUUCCCUCGCGACGAACGCGUCUUUUCCAUGCAAGGGUGUAAGGUUAUCUCCAGCAGGCUGGACUUCUACAUCUAAAAAGAAGGAAAAUAACCACAGAUGCUCAAAACAGUCUGUACUUUCCCUGAACAACUGUGGUUGUUUGGGAGGGAAUCGUAUCCGCAGUAUCGAGAGAGGAUACUCACUUCAUAAAAUUUACCUGAGCACUACUCUACUCUGAUGUCACUCAUCACGUGUAGAAGGAGGGAGCAGUAUUUUUUUUUUUUUAAUUGAUUGAUUGAAAUGGUUGAAGAUACUUCCAUUUUUAUUCUGGAUGAAUGAAAACCGAUGCAGGCUUGACUCCUUGUUUAUUUUAAGGAGGAUUUGGGUCUCAUGAUUGAUUUGGUAGGGGCGUGAAUGAAUGUCUUGAAUCUUAAAUGGCCAUAUUUAUGAACAUUACUAGUGCAUGACAAUGCACAACAUAAGAAGAAAAAUUUUUGUUUAACAUUUUUAAUAUCUGUGAAUAGAAAGGACAACGGCUUAAUGUCAAAAUCCUACAAGGUCUACCAAUUACAUCCUUUUGUCAAAAUUGCUUAAAUAUAUGUAAUUUUUGGCAUUGGUGUGUGUCCAGCUCAUGAGAUCAUUUACAUUGGGGGGGGGAAUAUAGAUUUAAAAUGGAUUUAUUCCAUUAAAUGAAAAACAGCAGCAAUGAGAGAGAAGCAGUCUUGCCAACAAAACUUCGUUUUGCAGACAUUACUGCAUGAACUGUUUUUGCAUUGAUGUUUUAACACUCAAAGCACAUUUCACAGAUUAUAAUCAUGCUUCAUUUUUCACAGAACAGAUAUCUUUUCAGGACAGAAAAUGGUGUGACGAGGGUAUGAAAUUGUUUUUGGUCUCAGUGAUGGUUUGAUGAUCUGCACUUUUCGACUCUGUGUGUUCUGUUCAUUUGGAGUGCCUGGUGUCAAAAACUGAUCAUUCCACGCUGAUUAUUUUUAACCUGAUAAACUUGACCUUUUUCUUGAA